CUAUUUUCGGACAUGAUCUUUUUAUUUACAGAUCGCCAUUGACUUAAGAUAACCAUUUAUAGCAGAGGCUAUAACUGAACAUGUUAACUUCCGUCGUGGACACAUCAAGUACACAGAAAACAUAAAUAGACCAUGCAACCAAAAUAGAUGCUGAUGAUAUUACACCGACGCAUUCGUUAGAAUCUUCGUCUAUAUCAGGAACGUUCAGACUGUUUGCAGAUUUCGUGACCAAAUGGAAAUCUUGACAUAACGACAUGUAUGUAGAUACUUGAGCUAUUUUAGGAAGAUUUUAUACGUUGUUCGAUCCUCGCUGACAAACCCGGAUCAUUCUAACAGAUAGGAAAUAGUUUGCGUGUGCACGAAUUUGGAAUUGAUGGUUACGGUUGUUUGGUGUUCGAAUGCCUAUUGAUCUUAUAUCAGUUUACUCGUGCGUUUUAACAAGUGACCUAAUUAGUUGUAUGAUGUGAAUUAGAUGUAGUGAAAUAUGUUGGAUUUCUGUUAUAGAUACCACGAUAGAGUGGUCAAGUUAUAUUAUAUUUAAUUACCUUUGGAAAGGUAUUGGAUUCAAAAUGUCAAGUGUGACGUCAGGAUCAUUCCGACCAACCACAGCUCCAGGUUUGAGGAAGCAUCGCUUCCGCCAAGGGCGACAACCCAAUUUAUUCAGAAAUAGGUCACAGUCCAAUCCUGAUAUAUUGACUGCCUUAGAAAGACAAUCGACCCACUCUUACAAGUUCGGUUAUGCUGGACCGUAUUCUACCCCUUCUAAUCUCAUAGAACUAAACGCAGUCAAACGCAGAGCUUCAAAAUGCAAUCCGAUGCCAUUAGUGGAGUUACCAGAUCCGACCAAGGUUGUAAGAGAAUGGUCGCAAGAACAGUACAAAAGGAUCAAACGGAACCGACCAAAGUUGCCGAUGAUUGCCGAUACUUCACGAAGGUCUUCCGAAAUAUCCCGAAGAGGAAGCGAUGGGUUGUAUGACGCUUUUCCGGAAUCUGUCGAACGAGAUUCAGAUAAGGUUAAACAGGUUCGGACGUUUCGCUGGUACGCUACAGUAAUAAAGGCAGUCAGUAAACUGGGGUUAGAUAUGCAGAGAUUAUCUAUCAGGUUAUCGGAACAGGUGCCCCUCUCUGACAUGUUUUAUAUGCCAAUGAAACAACCAGACGAAGAAGAAGAAGGGUCCAAGUUAUUUUUUGAUAAAUCUUGGUUUUCUCGAGACAGGGCGAUCUCGAAGGUUCCACUGUGGGCCCAGACUAUCACGAUCAGAAAGCCAGAAGAAAGAACGAAAGAUGAGAUAAAACGACUUCAUGAUUUAUUGAUGGGAAUGCAGAGUUUCCGAGAGAAAUUUACAGAGAAAGCUCGAGUUAAGAUCUGCCAAUACAUGAGAUACACAAAAUGUGGUCGAGGUCGAGUUGUAUUAAGACAGGGACACGAGGGAGAAAAUGUUUAUUUUAUUUUUGCUGGGUCUGUCAUGAUUCAAGUAGAAAUGGAGGAUAAAAAUGGAAAGAUUUUCUCCACCACAGAAAAUGUCAUCAAAGCUGGGUCCAGCUUUGGGGAAGAAUCUCUAACAGGCGAUGGUCUACGAUCAGCUACCAUUAUUGUAAAAGAUCCGGCUGAGUUUUUUCAUAUCGACGGAGAAAUAUUUCUUUCAAUUUGUCCUGGUCAUAUUGAAUCACAGAUUCGACGGAAGAUGAAAUUUGCUGAAAAGUUUGAGAUAUUCCGGUCUCUGGAACAGGAGGCUGUAAAAGAUGUUAUAUUCCGGUCCCAGGUUAUUAAAAUGCCCCAUGGUCGAGUUCUAGAAGAGGAUUGGUCCAAAGCUAACUUUGUUUACUUUGUCUUGAAGGGAACCAUAAAACUGUAUCGCAAUUUUGAUGUGACGGCCAUUCUGAAAGAUAUGGACGACAGUAUAGAAGAUAUAUUGGAAACCCAGGUGGCGCUGAAGAGACUGGUGGAAGAUGGGAUAGGUCAAACAGAACAGAUGGCGCUGGUUGGAGCUCUUCAAGAAGGAGAUUAUAGUGAUCUUUACAUCUUAUCCACUGACAGCAGUUUAGCUUUAUCACCUGUUAAAAUGGUCAGCCAAGGAGCGGAAGUGCUCCGUGUCUCACUGCGCAUCUUCCGGAAAGUCAUCACCAAGAAGGAUAUUGGGAACUAUUUAACAGAUAAAUAUGUCCAACACAAUAUCCCCACCGAGGUGGAGUUAGCUAGAAGGUUUAUAGAGAAUGCUCAUUGGGAGAAUUAUAGAAAGCGGGUGAUUAACGUGGUAGACAGGGUACAUGGUGGGGAAUUACUGGCCACUAUCCCAGCUACAGCAAAAGGUACCAGCGGGUGGGCGAGGUGGCCGGGUUAUACAGUCGACCAGAAAUACAAUCAAGAGGAAGACGACAGUGUUUUUAUUGAACCUGAACAUAAACCGAAGAUGGAUACAUUCUAUUUCAUCAGACAACCUAAACCAUCUCGAGUUAAACGAUUGGCUGAAAUAGAAAAUCGGCACCGGAAGAAGAAAGAUAGACCAAUAGGGUUGACGCCAGCGGAAGAAAAUGUUAAAAUUGACGUCACAGAUGGACCACGUGUUGUAGUGGACAACCCGCGAACAUUUUUAAGGAAACCCCCGCCCAGUAAACCCCCAAUUCAACUUUUAAAAGAAACAACUUGAACUUCAUUGCGGAAAGAAAGCUUUUGAAUGUCAUCAUAGUAGAAUGUUGUGUGAUCUUUGAGACCCUAUAUCUUAUAAAAUAUUACU